AUGGCAAGAAGAACAACACAAGUUCUUGAUACAAUGUAUUUGAUGAACACAGCUCAGAUCUUCAAAGAAUCCAUGAGAGUAAUUCUUCUUCAUCCAACUCAGUUCCAUUCCAUCUCUGUCUUCCUCUUCUCACCUCUUCCCAUCUCGCUCUUCUGCUCACACUUUCUCAUCCACCAUUUUCCGCAAAUAUUCAGUACUGCCACCCACAACUUGUUUGGCUAUCCACUGCCUAAACUGCUCUCCAAAACCAUGCUUCAUAUCAUCAUAUGCUUUCCUUUAUCCACCACAUUCUCUCUUCUUGGGAAAGCUGCAACCGUCCAAGCUGUUUCCGAUAGUUACAAUGGAAUCAACCUUGACGGCAGAAGAUUGCUAAUCAGAAGUGGGGUUUCAUGGAUCAAGCUCCUCCAUACAACCUUCUGGGAAUCCCUCAUUGUUCUUGGCCUAAUUGGAGUUUUGGUUGUCAAUCUUGCAAUAGUACCGAAGAUACUACAUAUGUGCGGUAUUUGCUCGGAAGUGUUGGGAUUCUGGGGUGUCCUCGGGUUCUUAGGAAUACCUUUUUGUGUGGCAUUUGCGCAUGUCAUGGUCGUGGGGAAUAUGGCUAGAGUGAUAUCAGUACUGGAGGGAGAAUGUUACGGAUUUGAGACUUUACUAAGGGCCAAGACGCUCAUGGAAGGAAGGCGACAAACGGCUUUGAUCAUGGCGUUGUUGAGCAACAUGGGGCUUAGACUCGUUGAAUGUGUGUUUGAGUUUAGGAUGUGCAAGGGGAUUAACUUGUGGGAAGGUCCUGUGUUGGUUUCAAUGUACUCUUUGGUGCUUGUUUUUGACACGGUCAUGAAUGUUGUGUUCUAUUAUGCUUGUAAAUCUUUUAAUGAUUGA